UUGGAAGAGCCAUAUCUUGAAUACAAAGACAUCAACUCAACUGUUAGAGCUGUUGAUUGGAACCCAGUUAUUCCAAAUGUAGCUGCAAUUGGAGGUGGUUUUGAAGAUCGUAAAAUUAAUAUCUUCAAUAUUGAAAAUGGACAAACUAUCUGCACUGCUACAACAACAUCUCAGAUCUGCAAUAUAUUUUGGAAUAAAGAAUACAAUGAAAUUGUUGCAACACAUGGCUAUACUGAUAAUAACAUAACUUUAUGGAGAGCAUCAGAUUUACAAAGAAUUUCUUCAAUAAAGGCCAACCAUGAUAGAGUUUUAUAUGCUGCAAUGUCUCAAGAUAAGUCAAAGCUUGCUACAAUUUCUCCUAAAGACCCGAUGAUGUUCUGGCUAAUGUUUCCUAAUUCAUUGACAAAAACUAGUAUUGAAACCAAAUCAAUUAGAUAA